UACUAUUAAUGAUACAGGGCUGUGGCAGUGAGUGUUCAAAGCUAAGGACGGUUUCGAGCUAGCUUGCUUGUAAAUGGAGAACUGUUCUUCAGUUUAAACAGCUGUAGCUUUGGUUUACCUGUGUGUGUGUGUUUCAUUUAGAUUUAAUUCCACAUUGCCAGAUGUCAGGACAGAAAGAAGCUGGGUUUAUUAAGACGAAGAAGCCGCUUGGGAACCUUUCAAGAACACCGACAAUCAAAUCUGCUCUCUUCUUUUUUCUUUUCAAAAUCGUACUGGUUUGCUUAAUUCCAUAUUUCUUUUUCUUAUUCAUAAGAAGGCAGCUGAGUUAGAGUGAGGUGUUGGGGGUGGGGGGGGGAGAGAAGAAAACCCGGUGACAGAACUUUGAAGGCUAUGAGAGAACGCAUUCCACACAGCCUCGGUGGACACGUACUGUAUGUAGGACUGUUGAGAGACCCAGGGAUGCUUCACAGGGCGAAGUACAGUCGUUUUAGAAAUGAGUCCCUCACAUCCUUGGAGGAAGAUGUGCAAAACGGCCCUCUGCAUCUCAAAGGCUCUUCGUCUUCUCGUUCCUCGGCACCUAAUAUACCCAUCGAAGACGUCGCUGUUGGGACCCCGGACAGCCCCGUGGCUUUGUGCACCUUGAUACCUCGCAUGGCUAACAUUAAGCUGGCCAAUCCUUCCACUCUACCGAGCUUAAAGAACUUCUGCCUACGGACUAAAGAGGUGCCGAAAAUAAAACUCACAGAAUGCGUAACUGUUCCCAGCAGCCCAACUUUGCCAGAGAUCAGCUUGACUAGCUGCCUGCCUGCUUCUUAUAACCGAGGAGACCCAGAGAAGUCACUAAAGGCGAACGCAAGCAUCCAGGAGGACAGUUGCUUGUCGGGCUCUGAAGAACCUGCCUUCACAUCUAAACAGGAGAAAGACCUGGGGCAGAGAGGGGAAUCCGGUUUGGAGACUGGCAUAUCAUUCACUGUCCGAUAUAUGGGCUGUAUUGAAGUGUUGCAGUCAAUGAGGUCUCUGGAUUUUGGCACUCGGACACAAGUUACCAGGGAAGCAAUAAGUCGACUGUGUGAAGCUGUGCCAGGAACACAUGGGGCCGUAAAAAAGCGGAAGCCUCCAGCUAAAUUUCUGUCUCCUGUGCUUGGUAAAAGUAAUCUUCAGUUUUCUGGCAUGAAUAUAAAACUGACCGUCUCAACAACCAGCCUUACUCUACUGAAUGUUGAGACCUACCAGAUUAUUGCCAAUCAUCACAUGCAGUCCAUUUCGUUUGCCUCCGGAGGCGAUCCUGAUACAACAGACUAUGUUGCCUAUGUUGCUAAAGAUCCCGUUAAUCAAAGAGCAUGCCAUAUAUUGGAAUGUCCCUGCGGUAUAGCUGAGGAAGUCAUAAAUACCAUUGGGCAAGCUUUUGAACUCCGGUUCAAACAGUACUUGAAGAAUCCUUCUGCUUUGAUUGCUUCCAAUGAAAGACCUCCACAGGCUUUAAAGUCAGCCUCGAAAGCUUUGCUCUCUGUGCCAUCCGCUCGGACCAUUAGAGAAGUGGUGAAUCUUGGUGGAUCCACGUGGAAUAUUCAGGAUAAAGAGGAUCAUGAAUACUAUAAUGAAAUCCCAGGGAAAGAGCCUCCUACGGGUGGACUAUUAGAUAACAGACUGAAAGUACUCCCAGAACAAAGAACUAAUUGUCCCAUGCACUAUGAACAACAGUACUGUCCGACCGAGUGUCCCAAAUCCAUGAAUAUUUAUGAAAACUGCCCAGAUGAAUACAAGACAGUAGGUAACUCUAGUGAGCAGGUGCAGGCAGCAAAGAAAGAUACUCCAAUGCUGAAAAAUGCAAGCAAAGUGGACCUUUUUGAUGAUCCUCGAUAUAUCAAUACUCAAAACUUACAAACCACGUCUUCUACUGUCGGUAGCCUGACAUUGUUACAGACCCGUGGAAGUCCAGCUCAUUCAAAAUCAUUGGAAGUUGUUGAACAGAACUUUUCCAGCAACAUGGCAGGUCUUGGAGGCAUCACAGCCACAAAACAACUUAUGGGGAAUGAAGAAUGCUACCAUGGAAAGUUAACCAGGAAAGCUGCCGAGAGCCUCUUAGUGAACGAUGGUGAUUUUUUGGUGCGGGAGAGUGCAACGUCACCUGGCCAGUACGUUCUGAGUGGGCUGCAAGGAGGACAAGCAAAACAUCUGUUGUUGGUGGAUCCUGAAGGCAAGGUUAGAACCAAAGAUCACAUAUUUGAUAGCGUGGAUCAUCUUAUUCGCUACCAUAUGGAAAAUAAAUUGCCAAUCAUCUCCUCCGGAAGUGAAUUAAAUCUGAGCCAGCCAGUGAGAAAAGGGACUGGACAACUGCAAUAUAACAAAUAGUUAUCUCAUCACACAUCAUUUUCAAGACAAUUCUUUCCC